AUCAGCUGUGUCCAAUCACAGCUGAUUGCUGAUCAUCAGGGCACUGAUGAUCAGUGUGACCUGAUGAUCAGUGUAGCCUCUUCAGUGCCACCUGUCAGUGCCCAUUAAUGCUACUUGCCAGUGCCCAUCAGUGCCACAUCAAUGCCACAUAUCAGUGCCUACCAGUGCACAUCAAUGCCACAUAUCAGUGCCCAUCUAAGUUGCCUUUCAGUGCCACCUAUCAGUGCCAGUCAGUGCUGCCAAUCAAUGCCGUCUAUCAGUGCAAGUCAGUGCCGCCUAUCAGU